UGCAUGCUGACCCGUUCCGAGGCAACAGGCGAUGUGGUGCGAUGUAGAAUUCCAGGAUAAUCGAUAUCCGCUGCGUCGGCAUUGAUGAUGGAUCGACGCGGAAAGCAAGUGAAGUCUCGAGAGUGACCGCCGAGGUUAAUUGCCUGUGUGUUUGACUGGUUGUAGAUUGAUUGGUGUGAAAUCUCUCAGUGGAUACUUCAGAAGCCGACGGAAAAGAAGUCAUUAUUACAUACCGCAAAUGGAUCGUAGUGAAGUGGUUUUGAAUUUCCGAUUGUGAUGGAUCUAGGAGAAAAAAAAAUGACCGGUUCGAGUCUGUGAGUGAGGUGAAGAAAGGUUAUUGAAUGUUAUUUCUGUCUUCGAGCAUAAUUCAGGCAGAACAGUGUCAACAGACUACACUAUUGGAUUAUGCAAAGCACACAAUACGACACAAUACAUCACGCAUCGAUGCCGUGCCUUCGACAUCGGGGAGAAGAUAAAUUAAAAAUUCCGCCGCUUGCCUCGAUUCUGCAUGCAACGAAAAAAAGUUAUUCCAUUUUUCUGCCUCUGCUCGUCUAAAGUCUGGAAACCAGUCCUGGGGUUGCUGCGAUCAGUGAUCUUUCCUUGUGCUGCUCUCUGUGGAAACUUCUGCUCCAAGAGUGCAAGCGUGUAUUGGUUGCCCGUGGUGGGUGAAUUUGUGUGCGUGUGAAGGCGGUGAACGUAUCAAUGAAGAAUUACACUCCAAGCGGAAUACCAAUUGCGCAAAAUAACAUCGGGUUGCGCGAAGAAAAGUAAACCCAAAAGUCGUGAAUAGAGAAUAGUGGUUGGGAAGAAUAAAACUCGCAGAAGCAGAAGACAACAACAGAAGAAAUAAUCCGCCUUACUUCGACUUGUGCAAGCGGAGUUGGAGUUGAGGACGACGACAACCGCGACAUCGACAACGGUUGCUAUUUGGUGCAACUGUUUGCUCGUUGGGACGUGAAGAAGGCAGUAGUUUCAACGUAAAUAACAAAUUCAUGUGAGUUCGACGACAGUGCAAGCAGGGAACAGCGAACACGAGUGAAGAAAGAAAGCAUUAUACAUAUACGGCGAAGCCUCUCGGGAAACAGUUGGCAUCACACUGCGGGAGUGUCACGGAUUAAAAGAUCGAAAUCAAUAGACCAUGUGAAACAGGACAAAUACCCCUAGACAUGCAUAAUGAGUCUACAGUACAAUCAACGAGGGACAAACCGCUCCCGAACAGUGUACCGGAAAGCACAAAUCGCACACCCUUGCACGAGGCGGCAUCGAAUGGCGACGAGGCGGCGGUGGAAGCACUACUGGCUGCUGGAGCCGACCGGAAUGCGAAGGAGUCACUGCAUGGAAACUCCCCAUUGCAUGAGGCCGCCUGGAAGGGCUACAGCCGCAGCGUAAAAAUCCUAUGUUCCUUGCCCAAAGUCCAUAAGCCGGGUGCCACCGGCGGCAACCAUGCCAGCGGUGGCACCAAACUAUCCAUCGAUCUAAUUAAGGAGUCUAGCAAAAUUAAGAAUGUCAUCCAGGAUACGAAGGGAGCGCUGCACAGCGCACUGCUUGGGACGCGUAACUUUGGAGGCUUCUCGGCGCUGCAUCUGGCGGCCCAGAACGGGCACAACCAAAGCUGUCGGGAGAUUCUACUUGCCGGAGCCGAUCCUGAUGUGCAGAAUAAUUACGGCGACACUCCUCUUCAUACAGCGUGCCGCUAUGGUCACGCCGGUGCCAUCCGAAUUCUCCUCUCAGCCAAGUGUGACUUCGAGCGGAUCAACCUGAACGGCGACACGCCUCUACACAUCGCCUGUGCCAUGGGUAGGCGCAAACUGACCCGGAUUCUGCUGGAAGCCGGCUGCAAGCAAGACACGAAAAAUGCUCAAGACGAAACCGCUCGGGACAUCGCCAUCCGCAAGAACCUCAUCGAAAUUCUGAACAUUCUCAACACACCGGUGCAGAUCUCGUCGCGGCAUGCCCGGGAACGCAGUUCCAGCAGCUCCCAUCGGAAGGGUCGCGACGGCAAAAGUGGCGAUCGGUCACGCAGCAAAGAGGAUCACCGCAAAUCGCGCGACAAAUCACGGGGGAGAGGUGGCUACGAUCAACGGUACGAUGUGGAUCCACAGCACUGGUCCCCGUACGGGUGUCACUAUUUUCCAGAUCCGAGAAAUUUCCCCUCACCCAAGUUGGAAACGUUACCGAAAGAACCCCUGGCAACGGGGGAACAGUAUUUCCUGGACUUAGCGGGGAAUAUCCGAAAAGGACCGGUUGGAGUGGGGAACACUUGCUAUUGUGCACCGUUCUUCAAACACUUGGAGCAACGCAUGAACCAGAAUAGGAAGAGCAUACGGAAGUAUGUGCACAGGGCGACGGAGAAGCUAGAUAGCCGGAUGACGGCGUUAGCUAUGAAGACGGAUGAUCAGAUCGAAGAACUGACGAAAACGAUGAUCGCCAGCAGGGUUCAGUGUGAAAACAAGCGACUACACUUGGAACAGUGGCUCAAACGUGGCAUAGUAGAACGAUCAACUGGGCCUCAUAAUUCGAAAACCAGGAAGGAUGAGGCCAACACCAAUACCUUGACGCGAUGUCGAAGCCUUGAGCUUCUGGAUGGCAGCGAUGACAUCCUGGAAGAUCGGAUGAAAUCCUCAACGCCACAAUUCUCGCGAAGUAUAGACUUCUUAGAUUCGCAGGAUCAUCUACCGGAUCACAGGCGGCCCGACUAUUCGGACCAUUUCGAAAGUUCCAACAACUCCAACAUCAAGAACCAUUCGGAAGUGGAUGAACCGAAUCGUAGAACUCCUCUAAGAAAGUUCGACUCAGAGCAGCGGAAUGGCAGUAAGCGAUCAUCCUCGAUCAGUCACUCGGGACUCGAUAGCUACUGCUAUUCGGACAAAGAUAACGAUAAGGAAAAGAACCAUGUGAUAUAUCAGGAUCGAGUGCCAAGUUCGGCAUACGGAGGAAAUUCAUCCAAAGAAGAGCGCAAGGUGCCCUCGUCGGCGGGAUCGUCUAGUUUCGAUCACAAAAACGAGAAAAUCAAGGUCACCGAGAGGCUGGAAGAACUGCUAAGCAAAACCAAGAAAAUUCUGGAGCUAGAGAAGAUAACCAAGAAGAAGCAUAGUGAUAAUAGGUACAUCCUGGCACUAGAUCGACUAAAGGAUAUCCAUCAUUACGACAGCAAUCCACAAGUGUACCACCAGACGUCUUCAAAACGUGACUCCACCGGGCAGAGUUACGAUAUCGCUCAAGAGAUGGAGAAGAUAACUCAGUCUCUGCUGCCUGCCGCUCCAGUAUCACCAGAAAUUUCCAAGGACAUCACAAUCCGCAAAGAACGAUCUUCUAAUUCACUGAGUUCCUACCGAAAUCCUGUAGGUCUUAACGGAGCCAGCUCCGUGUCCACUCCGCACUCUACCAUGUCACCUAGUUCUUCGCUAUUGGGUGGAAACAAAAACAUUUCGAUUGCUGCCUAUCAUGAAACUCAUAUGACUUCAACGAAUUUCAUCGAAACGAUGUCGGAAAUUACCAGCUAUCAUGAUUCCGAGCAAGAAGCACACGUAGAUAGCGUCAACGCACCAAUGGUGAACGGCUUCUACGCAAACAAUUGUUUCGAAGAUAUUCCUAGUUCGUCGAAUACCACAAUCAAAUCUGCCCCGAACCACAGCAGAAAGAAGCAAGGAACGCAACAACAGGAUGGGGACGAUUCCUGUAGUGGUGAAAAUGACGAUGAUGAUGAUGAGGAGGAAGAUGCCGAUCCCGGAAAUACGGAGAAGGACUGGGAGUCGGAUGAUCAGUGUGAUUUGUCCGAUAUGGCCAAUUUGGCACAGUUGAAAGAACUGAAAAGUAGGAUACUGAAUGGCACAAGCUGGAGGAGUCAGGUACUUCAAAAAAGUGUUCACGAUUUGUUUCAAAAAGCCACAGAGGCUAAAGAUCAAUUGAAUGACAAUCAGAUGGAAGAUCCGGAGAUGGAUGAUGAAACUGCUGACGAUAUGUCCGAGCAAAACCGUGUCAAGUACAUAAUCUCCAAGCUUCAGAAUAGUACGAUUCAGCAAGUUGAGCCUCCAACAAGUCACCAUGCUCUAGCUCAUGACGAUAACUUCUCCGAUACUAGCGAAGAGGAGGACGACCUUGAUUGCGUGGAUGGCCCUCCACCACUGGGAGAUCGCCCGAUUACAGCAAAAAAUCUCAUAGAAAUGUACGAAAAGGCUCUCCCAAAAGUCGAAAAUCAACCCGUGGCUGCCAUCCGCCAACAGUUCUUCAUUCCCAAAGACGCUUACUUCCAUGACCUACCAAACAAACCAAAACCGCCAGUGAAACCACCAGAUCUAACCUCUCAUCUAUCCCAUCCCACUCUACCCGAUCAAAUGCCCUUAUCAGUUCAUGCCAGAAGUAGGAACCCACUUCCAUCCUACCUCAAUGACAAUGAAAUAUUCAAUCCCAACCAAAGUCCCUACCCACAAACCCCCCUUUCCGAUCGGGUACAAUCCACGCCAGCCCUAUACUACCCAUCCCAAUCCCCGCUGUUCAUGAACGGUAAUGACUAUCCAACCUCGUACCAUCAACACUACGUUCCACACGCUCCUAUCCAGGAGAAACUUCUGACGAGCCGCAAGUACAUGAACCCAGCCGCUUCGUCGUUCGCCAUGUCCGGUUGCAGCACUGGAACCCCGUCACCGGAAUUCCCCUACCAGCUGGCCAGUAGUCAACCGCCAUCGAUGCAUCAUCUCCAUCAGCCCCAGCAACAUCAUCUGCCCCAGCAGCAACAUCACCAGUUCCGUAAAUCACAGGACAACCUCUCGAACGACGAUUCCGGUUACAUUAGUGCCAAAGUUAGUGAAAUACAUGGUCCGGCAGUGGCCAGCACCGGAAGUCCUUCGCCGCUGCAACCGAUGGAGGUGAUACCAAUGCCGAGGCAGUUUAUACCUUACAAUAUUGGUAAUACGGCUGCCAUGCUUGAAGGUGCCGUUGGAGGAAUCGGAACUGGUCCGGGAGCAGCGACGAAUGUCUACGAUGAGCAAAAACGUUACAAUCUUGGUGCUUCAAGUUUGGUGUAGGAACGAGUGUUUGAAUGUGUGUUUUAUAAAUAGAUAAAUGCGUGUAAAUUGGUUUUAAAUCGAUGUUUUAACUCAAUCCACAUUAAAUUAUUGUAUAUUUUAGGAGAAACUCAUAUGUUUUAAUAACUUAACUAUGUUUCCAACAAGAUCCAGUAUUUUUUGUAUCAAGAAACAUUUUUAACUCAUGUAAUGUUUUUAACUGUUUUAUACUUUUGAUAGUAAUCGUCGUGCAUUUAUAAAAGAAAAUAAAACAUGUAAAGCGUGUGUAAAUAAAAGUGAAUCUUACGAAA